AUGGGGCCAUCCAAUAAAUCCCAACCCUCUCCUGUCCCCUUCCUGCUGGUGGGCAUCCCGGGACUAGAGCACCUGCACGUCUGGAUCGGGAUCCCCUUCUGCUCCAUGUACGUGGUGGCCGUGGUGGGGAACGUGACCAUUCUGGCUGUGGUGCGGGCAGAGCGCAGCCUCCACGAGCCCAUGUGCCUCUUUCUGUGCAUGCUCUCGGCCACCGACCUGGUCCUCUCCACAGCCACCCUGCCCCGCAUGCUCUGUCUCUUCUGGCUCGGAGCCCGCGCCAUCGCCUUGGAUGCCUGCCUGGCCCAGAUGUUCUUCAUCCAUAGUUUCACUGCUCUGGAAUCGGGCUUCUUGUUGGCCAUGGCCGUUGACCGUUACGUGGCCAUUUGUCACCCACUGCGCCACACGACCGUCCUCACCCCCGCGCGCAUCGCUCUCCUGGGGGUGGUUGUGGUGGUUCGAGGCGUGGCCUUCUUUUCCCCCCACCCCGUUCUGCUCAAACAGCUGCCCUACUGUGGGCCUCGCAUCAUCGCCCACACCUACUGUGAGUUCAUGGCUGUCGUGAAGCUGGCGUGUGUGGACACGGGGGCCACCAAGCGUUACAGCCUCAGCGUGGCCUCUGUCAUUGGAUCCUGCGAUGGCUUUUUCAUUGCUGUGUCUUAUGUCUUCAUCCUCCGUGCAGUCUUUCGUCUUCCAUCACGGGAAGCAAGUCUUAAGGCUCUGGGCACCUGCGGCUCCCACGUCUGUGUCAUCCUUGUCUUCUACUCCACAGCCGUCUUCACCUUCCUUACUCACCGCUUUGGACACAGCGUGCCUCCCCGCAUUCAUAUCCUCAUUGCCAAUAUGUACCUUCUGGUACCGCCUUUUCUCAACCCGAUCGUUUAUGGUAUAAGGACCAAGAAAAUUCGAGACCAUGUCUUUAGUUCUCUAAGGGUAAAGGCUACUUGAUUAUGUUGAAAGUAUUUGCACAGAAGGUACCAGAAUAGGGAAGGAGGAGUCAGAUAAUGGAUGGUUUCUCAUGACUGACACGACUUUCUUCCACUGGAUUCGGACACUUUAGCAGAUUUGAAGGGGGAAUAAGGGGCCCACGUAGUCGACUUCCCCUCAUUCGAAUGCGACUAGUAGGCUUCCUGUAUUUUGUGUCCACCUGGAUUUUAGGAAAUUACUCGGAACCUGAUGAGUUGGAAAGGGAUCCCUUCUGUUUCUUGCUGCUACUGAUCUUCUGUGGUGUGACCGGGUAGUAGUUUAUUUUCGAGUAGGGAUGGGUUCAAAAAGGGCAGAAGCAAAUGAGAAUGUCCAAGAAUUCCACAUAAAGUGUCUAUGAUUAAAAAAUAAAUGAUUACUAUAAAUAUUCCACUGAAGAGGCCAUAUAUCCAGAUUGACAUCGUCUGCAUACAACAAAUAAUUGUGUUUUAUUCAUAAUAAUUGACACACCGGACAAGUUGUCAAAAUUGGAACGUGGAAAAGUUCAGCAUUGCCAGUAAUCAAGUCCAUAGCUCCUUAAACGUUGUGUUGCUCCUAGAAUAUUCUCUCUCCACCAAGAGUAAGUGGCGUGUCCUAUUGUUUUGUUACAUGAACUAAAAUGGGGUCUCUUUAAACCUCCACCACCAUCACGGAGUAUCCUG